CCUUUUGUGAGGAAAAACUCAUUCUGAUUUGCUGGGCCUGGCCCCCAAGUGGGUGAGCCUAUGCCCUCCCAGGCCCACCCAUGGCUGCGCCCCUGCGCAGUUAUGUGAAAUCCAUAGAUUAGGGCAUAAUUUAUUUCUGUAACUCAGCAAAAUCUUUGAAAUUGUUGCAUGUUGCAUUUAUAUUUUUGUUCAGCAUACUUUACAUAUGACAAGUCUAAUAUAAUUUCAGACGGUACAACAAUUAAUCACCUCCAAAUAUCAAUAAGCAUGAUAUUUGUUUAUUUUGUACACUAUGAGCAAGUUAUUUCGUAAUACAUGUUUAGCCAUAGUUCUCAUUCAGUUGAAGUAUUAAUGCCAUCCACUAUGUGUUUGAUACUAUGUGGAUUCCGCAGGAGGUUGGUAGCACCUUAAUUGGGGAGGACGGGCCCGUGGUAAUGGCUGGAGCGGAAUCAGUGGAAUGGUAUCAAACACAUCAAACACAUGGUUUCCAGGUGUUAGAUGCCAUUCUGUUCGCUCCGUUCUGUUUCCUCCAUUAUUAAGAGUCAUCCUCCUCUCAGCAGCCUCCUGUUGUGGAUACAGCACUGUUGGUCAGGGCGCAAAUGAUCUCUCUCUCUCUCUCUCUCUCUCUCUCUCUCUCUCUCUCUCUCUCUCUCCUCUCUCUCUCUCUCUCUCUCUCUCUCUCUCUCUCUCUCUCUCUCUCUCUCUCUCUCUCUCUCUCUCUCUCUCUCUCUCUCUCUCUCUCUCUCUCUCUCUCUCUCUCUCUCUCUCUCUCUCUCUCUCUCUCUCUCUCUCUCUCUCGCCAUCUAAUCAUACCAUAGUUAACAGGUUCAAGCCCAUGUCCCAGUGCACUUUAGUAUACUCAGGCAGAGGCCCUAGUUAUUGCCAUAAACCGUUGAAUUAUAUUUUUCCUACCAUUUUCCAAAUUCAUUUGCAAUGUGGUUCAGUGGGAGAAGUCAGCCCCUUUCUGCUCUAACCCUGUCUCUCUCUGUGUGUGUGUGUGCGUGUAUGUGUGUGACGUACACAAGGCUCCAGAGCUGUCUGCCUCAGCAAAUGUAUGUGUGUGUGUUUAUUAUCCCCCCCCGACAAAUGCACACUGGACUACUCUCUCCACAUUGUCCCAAUGUUGUGAGGGUUGGUUUGUGGUAACGUUAUCUGGUGGCUGUCAUGGUAGUGUGUGAGUGUAUAUGUGCUGUUGGCUGGGGCAGAUGGGCUACUCCGCUAGCCUCACACUGAGUUAUGGAUUGCUGAUUUAUCAUGCUGUUUAUCUCCCCCUACGUAUUAGCCCUGUGUGUGUGUGUGUGUGUGUGUGUGUAUUGGUCUCAUUUCAGUGGGUUUAGAAUAUGUCUACUUUUCUGUGAAUGUGUGUGCACUUACAGUCUGUGCCACUGUCCACAAAUCACAUAUGUCCUCUUAUAUGUGUCAGGCUAUGGGUGUGUGUUCGUGCGCGUGUGAGUGCAUGUGUGUGAGAUAGAGUGACUGUUUUCAGAUGAUAAGUCAUCAUCUCUUGGGGUGAAGCAACAUUAUCCAGGCAAUAAAGUUUUUAUCUCAAACUGGUGAUUUCAUUUUUCACUCAUACAAACCCCAUCUGUGUGUGUAAUACCACAUAACGUUAGGCCCACAAACACACACCUACACACACACACACAAAGAUUUAUGCAAAUCUGCUGUGGAAUGCCGUUAAACCCACCGUGAGAUCACACAGUGUUUUGCAGUAUGUGUGUGUGCGUGCGUGUGUAUGUCGAUAUUUACCAGCGGGACAAACACACAGACACCCCAGAGGUUUCCCCAUACACAGACAGACAGACAAAGACAGAUGCCUCUAUUAUGUGGAUGGAUGGUUGUGAUUACUAAGAGUUAUUAAGUCAUUCAUUCCGUGCUUAGAACCAGUGAGACUUACAAUGCAUGUGGAGAUCAUUACUAGACAUAAAGUGUCUAAUGCAACAGGCUAUGCACAACAUUGAGUCCCAAAUACAGAUGCCCUGAGUUGCUUUUGAUGACAUAAUUGAAUGGAGACACUGAGGCUGCACUGAUCCUACAUCAGUUGUUAUCUUAACUACAGUAUUAACUACAGUAUUUUCCCAAGGCCCUGAUGGUAGUCUAGGUAUGGUUUUUGAUUUAUCGUACCCAUUGUUCUUAUGACGUAAGAAAGGAAAAUACUACAUGUACUAUGCACUCCCUGUACUCAGUGUUAUUCACAUAAACACAUACACACACAGCCCGAGUGAGGUGUGUGUACCAUGUUGCAUUCAUCUGAUGUGAUGCCAGUGUCUUGCCCAGGUUCCUCCCUUCUGUGCUGGAGAUGUCUUGUCGUUAUGGAAACCAGGUGAUUGACCGUCACACAAUGACAGCCCGAUUCUAAACUGAACAAAAAUAUAAACGCAACAUGCAACGAUUUCUAAGAUUUUACUGAGUUACAGUUCAUAGAAGGAACUCAGUCAAUUGAAAUAAAGUUAUUAGGUCCUAAUCUAUGGAUUUCACAUGACUGGGCAGGGGCGCAGCCAUGAGUGGGCCUUGGAGAGCAUAUGCCCACCCACUUGGGAGCCAGGUCCACACACUGGGGAGCCAGGCCCAGCCAAUCAGAAUACGUUUUUUUCCCACAAAAGGGCUUUAUUACAGACAGAAAUACUCCUCUGCACCCCCGAUCCCCCUCCUCAGACGAUCCCGCAGGAGAAAAAGCCGGAUGUGGAGGUCCUGUGUUGGCGUGGUUACACGUGGUCUGCUGUUGUGAGGCCGGUUGGAUGUACUGCCAAAUUCUCUAAAACUACGUUGGAGGCAGCUUAUGGUAGAGAAAAUGAACAUUCAAUUUCCUGGCAACAGCUCUGUUGGACAUUCCUGCAGUCAGCAUGCCAAUUGCACGCUCCCUCAAAACUUGAGACAUCUGUGGCAUUGUGUUGUGCGACAAAGCUUCAUCCACCUGUCAGGAUUAUCUUGGCAAAGGAGAACUGCUCACUAACAGGGAUGUGACCAUAUCUCCCGCGCGUCCCGCAAAGACGGAGGUGUUGCUAACAUUUACGAUAGCAAAUGUCAAUUUGCCCCCCAUAAAUGACUGCGUUUUCGUCAAUCACUUUUUAUAGCUACUGUUUACAGGCCUCCUGGGCCGUAUACAGAGUUCCUCACUGAGUUCCCUGAAUUCCUAUCGGACCUUGUAGUCAUGGCAGAUAAUAUUCAAAUUUUUGGUGACUUUAAUAUUCACAUGGUCCACAGACCCACUCCAAAAGGCUUUCGGAGCCAUCGUCGACUCAGUGGGUUCUGUCCAACAUGUCUCCGGACCUACUCAUUGCCACAGUCAUACCCUGGAUCUAGUUUUGUCCCGUGGAAUAAAUAUUGUGGAUCUAUAUGUUUUUCCUCAUAACCCUGGACUAUCGGACCACCAUCUUAUUACGUUUGCGAUCGCAACAAAUAAUCUGCUCAGAGCCCAACCAAGGACUAUCAAAAGCCGUGCUAUAAAUUCUCGGACAACACAAAGAUUCCUAGAGGCCCAUCCAGACUCCCUCCACCUACUCAAGGACAUCAGAGUACAAAAAUCAGUUAACGACCUAACUGAGGAUCUACAUUUAACUGAGGAUCUUAAUGUAACCUUGUGUAAUACCCUAGAUGCAGUCGCACCCCUAAAAACAAAAAAUAUUUGUCACAAGAAACUAGCUCCCUGGUAUACAGAAAAUACCCGAGCCCUGAAGCAAGCCUCCAGAAAAUUGGAACGGAAAUGGAGCUCCACCAAACUGGAAGUAUUCCUACUAGCUUAGAAAGAAAGUACAGAGCAAUAUCGAAGAGCCCUCACUGCUGCUCGAUCAUCCUAUUUUUCCAACCUAAUUGAGGAGAAUAAAAGCAAUCCAACAUUUCUAUUUGAUUGUCACGUUCGUUGAGAGACAGGUCAGACCAAGGUGCAGCGUGAUAUGCGUACCUGUUUAUUAAGACGAAUAAACACUUGACAAAAUAACAAAAUAACGAAAACGUGAAGUCCUACGGGCUAUACACACAACAAGCCUACCAGGAACACAAACAAGAUCCCACAACUAUGGUAGGCAACAUGGCUGCCUAAGUAUGAUCCCCAAUCAGAGACAACGAUCGACAGCUGCCUCUGAUUGGGAAUCACACCCGGCCAAACAUAGAAAUAUCAACCUAGAUCUACAACAUAGAAAUACAAUAACAUAGAUCUCAACAGAAACUCACACCCUGACCCAACCAACAAGAGUACUCUAGAUCAGGGCGUGACAGUACCCCCCCCCCCCCCCCCCCCCCCCAAAGGUGCGUACUCCGGCCGCACCAACCUGACUCAUUAGGGGAGGGUCCGGGUGGGCAUUCAGCCUCGAAGGUGCGGCUCCGGGCGUGACGACCUCUCCCUCUCUGCCUCCCCGUUGCACCCCUGGUCUGGUCUGGACCUCGGCGUGAUGCUUCCCCUCUCCUUCCUCCCACGAUGCACCAAGCCCUGUCUGGACCCUGGUGUGGGAGACCCCGAACCUGGAGAGGGGCUGACGUCUGGGCCUUGAUCGGCAAUCCUCCCGCGAUGCACCAAGCCCUGUCUGGACCCUGGUGUGGGAGGCCCUGACCCUGGAGAGGGGCUGACUUCUGGGUCUGGAGUGGAGCCGCUGACCGGAGCUGAACUGGACCCCGGUGGAGCGGACUGCUCUGGCUCUGGAGUGGAGCAGCUGACCGGAGCUGGACUGGGAACACGCACCACUGGUCUGGUGCGAGGAGCAGACACGGGUCGUGCCGGACGAGGAGCAGGCACGGGCCGUGCCGGACUGGAUACACGCACCACUGGUUUGGUGCGGGGAGCAGGUACGGGCCGUACCGGACUGGAUAAGCGCACCCCUGGUUUGCUGCGGGGAGCAGGUACGGGGCGUACCAGGCUGGUGACAUGCACCACUGGUUUGGUGUGGGGAGCAGGUACGGGCCGUACUGGACUGGAUACGCGCACCACUGGUUUGUUGCGGGGAGCAGGUACGUGGCGUACCGGGCUGGCGACACGCACCACUGGUUUGGUGCAGGGAGCAGGUAUGGGCCAUACUGGACUGGAUACACACACCACUGGUUUGGUGCGGGGAGCAGGUACAGGCUGUACCGGACUGGAUACGCGCACCACUGGUUUGGUACAGGGAGCAGGUACGGGCCGUACUGGACUGGAUACGCGCACCACUAGUUUGGUGCGAGGAGCAGGCACGGACCUUGCCGGACUGGAUACACGCACCACUGGUUUGGUGCGGGGAGCAGAUACGGGGCGUACCGGGCUGGCAACACGCACCACUGGUUUGGUGCGAGGAGCUGGCACAGGCCGUACCGGGCUGGCAACACGCACCACUGGUUUGGUGCGAGGAGCUGGCACAGGCCGUACCGGGCUGUGGAGGCGCACUGGAGGUCUGGAGCGUAGAGCUGGCACAACCUGUCCUGGCUGGAUGCCCACUUUCGCACGACACGUGCGGGGCGCUGGCACAGGACGCACUGGGCUGUGAAUGCGCUCUGGCGACACAGUGCAUAUCUCCGCAUACCUUGGUUCUUCAAUGAACACACGCUCCCUUUGUUGCCUGACCAGCUCCUCUCUCCGUGCCUCCACUACUUCCUUCUCCCUACGGGCCUCCUGCAGCGCCUCCUCUUUAAGGGAGCUCUCCUGCUCUAUUCUCCUUAUCAGCCCCCGUAAUGUGGUGGCCUCCUCUCUUAGACUGCAGAUCCGCAGGUCUUGGAGGACCUCUAAAAUAGUGGCCUCCUCCUCUACAGUCAGCCCUUUCACAACCUCCUGCUGCCUCGUCAUCCAUCACGUGCCCCCCCCAAAAAUGUUUUAUUGGGGCUGCUUCUCAGGCUUUCUUCGUGACCGAGUCCUUUUAAGUCGCCGUUUCUCCUCCCUCGCUGCUUCUGUCUGCUCCCAAGGAAGGCGAUCCAUCCCAGCCUGGAUCUCUUCCCAUGUCCAUGAUCCCUUACCAUUUAAUAUCUCCUCCCAAGUCCAUGAUUUCUGCUCCUCCAGGGUACGCUGCUUGGUCCUUGUUUGGUGGGAUCUUCUGUCACGUUCGUUGAGAGACGGGUCAGACCAAGGUGCAGCGUGAUAUGCGUACAUGUUUAUUAAGACAAAUAAACACUUGACAAAAUAACAAAACAACGAAAAUGUGUAGUCCUAUGGGCUAUACACACAACAAGCCUACCAGGAACACAAACAAGAUCCCACAACUAAGGUAGGCAACCAGGCUACCUAAGUAUGAUCCCCAAUCAGAGACAACGAGCGACAGCUGCCUCUGAUUGGGAAUCACACCCGGCCAAACAUAGAAAUUUCAACCUAGAUCUACAACAUAGAAAUACAAUAACAUAGAUCUCAACAGAAACUCACACUCUGACCCAACCAACAAGAGUUCUCUAGAUCAGGGCGUGACAUUGAUACUGUCGCAAAGCUAACUAAAAAGCAGCAUUCCCCAAGAGAGGAUGCCUUUCAUUUCGGCAGUGAUGAAUUCAUGAAGUUCUUCUUCGACGAAAAUAUCAUGAUCAUUAGAAAGCAAAUUAUGGACUCCUCUUUGAAUCUCUCUUGAAAAAGCCAAACCUUGACCCAGAAAAUGUAAAAAACGAUCACCCAUUCCUCUCAAAAUGUAUAGAAAAAGCUGUUGUGCAGCAACUCACUUCCUGAAGACAAAAAAUGAAUACGAAACGCUUCAGUCUGGUUUUAGACCCCAUCAUAGCACCGAGUCCGCACUUGUGAAGGUGGUAAAUUACCUUUUAAUGGUGUCAGACCAAGGCUCUGCAUCUGUCCUCAUGCUCCUAGACUUUAGUGCUACUAUUGACACCAUCGAUCACCACAUUCUUUUGGAGAGAUUGGAAACCUUAAUUGGUCUACACGGACCAGUUCUUGCCUGGUUUAGAUCUUAUCUGUCAGAAAGAUAUACAUUUGUCUCUGUGGAUGGUUUGUCCUCUGACAAAUCAAUUCUAAGUUUUGGUGUUUAUCAAGGUUCCGUUUUAGGACCACUAUUGUUUUCACUAUAUAUUUUACCUCUUGGUGAUGUCAUUCGGAAACACAAUGUUAACUUUCAUUGCUAUGCAGACAACACACAGCUCUACAUUUCAAUGAAACAUGGUGAAGGCCCGAAAUUGCCUACCCUGGAAGCAUGUGUUUCAGACAUAAGGAAGUGGAUGGCGGCAAAUGUUUUACUUUUAAACUCUGACAAAACAGAGAUGCUAGUUCUAGGUCCCAAGAAACAAAGAGAUCUUCUGUUGGAUCUGACAAUUAAUCUUGAUGGUUGUACAGUCGUCUAAAAAAAAACUGUGAAGGACCUCAGCGUUACUCUGGACCCUGAUCUCUCUUUUGACGAACAUAUCAAGAAUAUUUCAAGGACAGCUUUUUUCCAUCUUCGUAACAUUGUAACAUUGUGUGAAUUUAAGUAUGCUCUCUCCAAUUCUCUCACUCUCCCUCUCUCCCUCCCAUCCCGGAGGACCUGAGCCAUAGGCCCAUGCCUCAGGACUACCUGGCCUGAUGACUCCUGGCUGUCCCCAGUCCACCUGGUCAUGCUGCUGCUCCAGUUUCCCCUCUUCUGCCUGUGGCUAUGGAACCCUGACCUGUUCACCGGACGUGCUACCUUGUCCCAGACCUGCUGUUUUCAACUCUCUCUCUCUACCGCACCUGCUAUUUCAACCUCUAAAUGCCCGGCUAUGAAAAGCCAAGUGACGUUUACUCCUGAUGUGCUUGUCACGCCCUGGCUCUGGGGACGCUCGUAUUUUGAGCCAGGGUGUGAGUGUUCUUUGUUUAUUCUAGUUCAUGUAUAUCUAUGUUGGCCAGAGUGGUUCUCAAUCAGAGGCAACGAGUGUCAGCUGUUGCUGGUUGUCUCUGAUUGGGAACCAUAUUUAGACAGGCGGUUUUCCCACAGUGUUUGUGGGAUCUUGUUCCUGUGUAGGUUUGUGUUUUGCACCUUUGGACGUCACGUAUCGAUUUGUUGUUUUGUUCGUGUAAUCAUUUAAUAAAUAAGUAUGUUCACCUUCCACGCUGCGCCUUGGUCCUCUGUAUCCGACGAUCAUGACAGUGCUGACCUGUUGCAACCUCUACAACCACUGUGAUUAUUAUUUGACCCUGCUGGUCAUCUAUGAACGUUUGAACAUCUUGGAGAAAAAUCUGGCCUUAAUGGCCAUGUACUUUUAUAAUCUACACCCGGCACAGCCAGAAGGGGACUGGCCACCCCACAGAGCCUGGUUCCUCUCUAGGUUUCUUCCUAGGUUUCUGCCUUUCUAGGGAGUUUUUCCUAGCCACCGUGGGUUUUAGGCUGGGUUUCUGUAUAGCACUUUGUGACAUCUGCUGAUGUAAAAAGGGCUUUAUAAAUAUAAUUUGAUUGAUUGAUUGAUCUUUUAUUUCAGCUCAUGAAAAAUAGGACCAACACUUUACAGGUUGCGUUUAUAUUUUUGUUCAGUGUAAUUUACAACCGUCAAGGAGAUGCAUAGGCUGUAGUCGAUCUUUAAGCCUCGUUGCCAACUUUAUAGCUGUUUAUGCUAUGGUCAAAAUCAAUGCCAUACCCUUUUUAUUCAAUCAAAACUUUUGACAUUUUGGUAGGUUAUAGUAUUCGUAAUGUGAGCCAAACAGGGGAUAGACAGGGUUUUUGUUUGGAAAAGGUUCUGAGGCAUGGGAUUUGAUUUGGUGUGUUAAAUCUUUCGAUAAAGAACAUACACACACCCCUGUGACCAAUGAUAUUCUCAUGCUGAACACAACAGUAGGUUUUGGGUCACACAUGGAUGGUAGAAUUAGGUUUUAUGGUGAGGAAUGUUGCGUAAGAUGUGUAGGCCUAUUUAGACCAGAGGAUAAUGUAAGUAUGAUAAGCUUAUGUUAAGCAUUAUACAGCACUUAUCUCCAAUGUAUUUAAAUACAAUGUAAAUACAUAUUUAAAUACAAAAUAAUAAUCACAAAAGCAGGUUGUAAACGCAGCUUAAGAGGAUGAAGCUCCUAGUAGGCCCAGCCAGCCCUUUAGGCCUCAGUCCCACGCCUCCAGAGCAGGCCCUCUCUCCAUCUGUGGUCACCACAGACAGAGUGUGUCCAAGUCAGGCCCCAGCUCUGCUCUGCUCCCCUGGGGUUAGUAGUGGGUGUGGUGGUGGGGGAGCCAGCUGUCACUGUGGUCUCUCUCUCUCUCUCUCUCUCUCUCUCUCUCUCUCUCUCUCUCUCUCUCUCUCUCUCUCUCUCUCUCUCUCUCUCUCUGCAGUUUUAAGAAAGAAUACCAAUGGGCAAUGCAAAUAGUCUGGUUAUCCAUUUGAUUAGAUGUUCAGGAGUCUUAUGGCUUUGGGGUAAAAGCUGUUUAGAAGCCUUUUGGACCUAGACUUGGCGCUCCGGUACCGCUUGCCGUGCGGUAGCAGAGAGAACAGUCUAUGACUAGGAUGGCUGGAGUCUUUGAAAAUGUUUAGGGCCUUCCUCUGACAUCGCCUGGUAUAGAGGUCCUGGAUGGCAGGAAGCUUGGCUCCAGUGAUGUACUGGGCCGUACGCACUACCUCUGUAGUGCCUUGUGGUCGGAGGCCGAGCAGUUGCCAUAACAGGCAGUGAUGCAACCAGUCUCUCUCUCUGUCUCUGUCUCUGUCUCUGUCUCUGUCUCUGUCUCUGUCUCUGUCUCUGUCUCUCUCUCUCUCUCUCUCUCUCUCUGUCUCUGUCUCUGUGUGUGUCACAUUCCCACUCUUUUGCUUCCACAGAUUCUCUGUCUUGUCACUCUGUACAAAAUAAGUUACAAACAAUGCGAAAAACACACAAUUUAGCAUGGUUGGUGGUUAAGAGUCCAUAAAACGACAGCCAUCCCCUCCAAGACCCUCCGGCGCCAUCUAGGUUUAAAUUUCAUUUAGCAGAUGGCUAAAUGCAUUGUCAGUGGUUGAUACUCUAGCUACUGACACAUUUAUGUCAGUGUUGAUUGUGUGCACUCUCUCUCUCUCUCUCUCUCUCUGUGUCUCUGUCUCUCUCUCUCUCUCUCUCUCUCUCUCUCUCUCUCUGUCUCUCUCUCUCUGUGUCUCUGUGUGUGUGUCACAUUCCCACUCUUUUGCUUCCACAGAUUCUCUGUCUUGUCAUUCUAAUGAAUAUAAACACAUUGUCUUGUAUUUUUCUUUCUUCCAGAGACACCUCUCCCAAGAGGACUUCCACCAUGUGUUUGGGAUGACCCUGGAUCAGUUUGACCGCAUGGCCCUGUGGAAGAAGAAUGACAUGAAAAAGAAGGCACGCCUUUUCUAA